AUGGACGGGAUUAAGAAGACGUUUGCGCAAUGCAAGAAGGAGGGCAGGUCUGCUCUUGUCACAUAUGUGACAGCGGGUUUUCCUACCAAAGAGGAGACGCCCGACAUUAUGAUGGCCAUGGAGGCGGGCGGCGCAGACAUUAUUGAACUCGGAAUGCCCUUUACCGAUCCCAUUGCCGACGGCCCAGUCAUCCAGACUGCGAAUACUGUAGCGCUCAAGAACGGCGUCACCAUUGUCGAUGUCCUCCAAAUGAUCCGCGAUGCGAGGAAGCGCGGCCUCAAGGCGCCUGUCUUGCUUAUGGGAUACUACAACCCUCUGCUGAGCUAUGGCGAGGAGAAGAUGUUGCAGGAUGCGAAGGAGGCAGGUGCCAAUGGCUUCAUUAUGGUUGACCUGCCCCCGGAGGAGGCUCUGCGCUUCAGGAACUUCUGCCGCAGCUACGGACUCUCCUACGUCCCAUUGAUUGCGCCCGCCACUUCUGAGCACCGCAUGCGCGUUCUUUGCAAGAUUGCCGACUCGUUCAUCUACGUCGUAUCCCGCAUGGGCGUCACCGGCGCUACAGGAACCAUGAACGCCGCCCUUCCCCAGCUGCUCGACCGCGUUCACAAAUACUCUGGCAAUGUCCCCGCCGCUGUUGGUUUCGGUGUCAGCACACGCGAUCACUUUGUCAGCGUAGGAAAGAUUGCCGAGGGUGUCGUUAUUGGCAGCCAGAUUAUCAACACUCUCAUCAAGGCUGCACCUGGUGAGGGCGCAAAGGCGGUUGAAAAGUACUGCGACGAAAUUUGCGGAAAGAGCACCCGGGAGACGACUCGCGAGGUCGGCAUUGUUGAGGCUUUGAACGAGGCCAAGGAGCCAACUGGCGUGCACGUCGACAAGGUCAUUACGGAUGCCGACACACCUGACGGCCCUGGUCUGGCUGAUCAAUUGGAGAUGUUGAACACGGAUGACUCCAACACACACGAGCAAAACGGGUUUGACGAAAAGCACAAGUUCCCAGCCCGAUUCGGCGAAUUCGGAGGACAAUAUGUGCCUGAAUCGCUAAUGGACUGUCUUUCGGAGCUCGAGGAAGGCUUCAAUGCAGCGAUUGAAGACCCCAAGUUCUGGGAAGAGUACCGUUCCUACUACGACUGGAUGGGACGACCAGGGCAUUUGCAUCUUGCCGAGCGUCUUACCGAGCAUGCUGGAGGUGCCAACAUCUGGUUGAAGCGAGAGGACCUCAAUCACACUGGAAGUCACAAGAUCAACAAUGCGCUUGGACAGGUGCUUGUGGCUCGAAGACUUGGGAAGACUGAAAUUAUCGCCGAAACCGGAGCUGGCCAGCACGGUGUCGCGACGGCUACCGUUUGCGCCAAGUUCAACAUGAAGUGCACCAUUUACAUGGGCGCUGAGGAUGUCAGGCGUCAGGCUCUGAAUGUCUUCCGCAUCAAGUUGCUUGGUGCGCAGGUGGUGGCUGUCGAGGCUGGAGCCAAGACGCUGCGUGAUGCAGUCAACGAAGCCAUGCGCUCUUGGGUCGUCCACCUCGACACGACUCAUUACAUUAUUGGAUCAGCCAUCGGCCCCCACCCCUUCCCAACCAUUGUCCGCACCUUCCAGUCCAUCAUUGGAAACGAGACCAAGCAGCAGAUGCAAGAGAAGCGUGGCAAGCUUCCCGACGCAGUGGUUGCUUGCGUUGGUGGUGGCAGCAAUGCCGUGGGCAUGUUCUAUCCCUUCUCCAAGGACCCGUCUGUUAAGCUUCUCGGCAUUGAAGCGGGCGGAGACGGCAUUGACACGGACCGCCACAGUGCAACACUCUCCGCGGGAACCAAGGGUGUGCUCCACGGUGUACGCACCUAUGUCCUCCAGAACAAGCACGGACAGAUUAACGAGACUCACUCUGUUUCUGCAGGGCUCGACUACCCCGGUGUUGGACCUGAGCUGUCCAGCUGGAAGGACAGCGACCGCGCCAAAUUUAUUGCGUGCACUGAUGCCGAGGCUUUUAUUGGCUUCCGUCUCAUGUCUCAACUUGAGGGUAUUAUUCCCGCGCUUGAGACUUCGCACGCCGUCUUUGGUGCCAUUGAGCUGGCCAAGACAAUGGACAAAGACCAGGAUAUUGUUAUUUGUGUCUCUGGUCGUGGAGACAAGGACGUACAGAGCGUGGCUGAGGAGCUGCCCAAGCUGGGACCCAAGAUUGGCUGGGAUCUGAGGUGUAAGUUUACUUGA